AACACACAAUCAUAAGCAUCACGCACAUAACAAAUCUUGAAAACGUAUUAGCAUAACCUUCUGUUUCAAAAUGAAGUUUUUGCAGUCUCUUCUCGUUUUUAUCACUUUGGCAUUGGUCAUUCCCUUUGGCAAUGCUUAUGAUCCAAGUCCACUCCAAGACUUCUGUGUUGCCGUUAAUAACCUCAACAAUGGUGUUUUCGUGAAUGGUAAGUUCUGUAAGGAUCCGAAGCAAGCCAAGGCAGAAGAUUUCUUCUUUUCAGGUCUCAAUAAGGCCGGAAACACUGAUAAUGACGUCAAAUCCAAUGUGACAACGGUCAAUGUCGAUCAGAUUCCAGGGCUGAACACCAUGGGAAUAUCCUUGGUUCGCAUAGACUAUGCGCCAUAUGGACAAAACCCGCCUCACACGCACCCUCGUGCCACUGAAAUCCUUGUCCUUAUCGAGGGAACAUUAUACGUCGGUUUUGUCUCUUCCAACCAAGACAACAACCGUUUAUUCACCAAAGUAUUGCAUCCGGGUGACGUUUUUGUCUUCCCCAUCGGACAGAUCCAUUUUCAGGUGAAUAUCGGAAAAACCCCUGCGGUGGCCUUUGCAGGACUGAGUAGCCAGAACGCCGGUGUCAUCACAAUCGCAAACACUGUGUUUGGAUCAAAGCCUCCGAUUAAUCCAGAUGUUCUGGCUCAGGCGUUCCAGUUAGAUGUCAAUGUCGUCAAAGACCUUGAGGCCAAGUUUAAGAACUGAAAUGAGUCCAAGUCUUUAAGAGUGUUUCUUAAUAUAUACUAAUAGUCAACUAAAGAGCUUAUGCUCGGAAUAAAAUAAAA